AUGUUAACUCUCUCCCUUAAACCCGUAACCCCUUUCACCCACCAAACCGCCAAAUCCCCAAACCCACCAAAAUGCUGCAUAUCUGAAAGGGGCCACUGCUUCGACAUUGGCGACACCUUCUUCCGCCAUGAAAGCGCCACUGGCCGCGACCUCGGUGUGCUUGCAGCUGCCAUUUACAAGAAAUCACACAAUGCCCUCCGAGUGCUCGAUGCAAUGUGCGGCUGCGGAAUCAGAUCUUUACGCUAUCUGGCGGAAGCCGAUGCUGAUUUUGUUUUGGCUAAUGAUGCGAAUGAGGAAUAUGGGAGUGUUAUUACGGGCAAUUUGGAGAGGGCGGGAAAGGAGUAUGGAGAAAAUAAAAGGUGGGUUAUUUCGCAUUCGGAUGCGAACCGGGUUUUGACGGAGUGUUAUUUGAGGAGAGAUUACUUUGAUUUUAUUGAUAUUGAUUCGUUUGGUAGUGAUUCGAGUUUCUUGAGGUCUGCCCUGGGUGCCGUGAAAUUGGAUGGGCUUUUGUACCUCACUUCCACUGAUGGUUUCUCUUCUGGUGGACACCGACCUCAACACUCUUUGGCUGCAUAUGGAGCAUAUGUUCGGCCUAUGCCAUAUUCAAAUGAGAUUGGUUUAAGAAUGCUUAUUGGUGGGGCUGUACGGGAGGCUUCUGUUUUGGGUUAUCAUGUUGUACCCCUUUUCUCAUACUAUUCAUACCAUGGGCCUGUCUUUCGAGUAAUGCUUCGCGUUAGGCGUGGGAAGCUUCCCGAUAACAGGCACUACAGUUUCAUCAGCUACUGUAGUCGAUGUGGGAAUUCUUAUGCAAAUUCAUGGGAUAAACUUAAUGCAAUUGGCUGCUCGUGUAAAGCAAAUGUUCCGGGUUCACUCAUUGUUUCUGGGCCUCUCUGGACAGGACCUCUACACAGUGCACCCUUUCUUACUGAAAUGCUAAAUUUGGCUGAGCAAUGGGGUUGGACGAACAAUGGCAUGGGAAAACAACUCGAAAAGUUGUUAAAUCAGAUGAUUGGUGAAAGUGACCCUAAAUUGCCUUUUGGAUACAUCAAAUUAGACGAGGUAGCGAGUCGUGCAAAGCUUAAUUCUCCUCCCCUAGUUACCAUUUUGAGCACUCUGCACAAGGAGGGAUAUGCAGCUAGCAGAUCACACAUUGCCUCAAAUGCAAUUAAGACCAACUGCCUUAUGGCUGAUUGUGAAUGCUUUUUAACCAGAAUCCCAAGUUGCCGAUACAUGAACAUGGAUCUUGGUACAUUGCUGCUUUUGGACGUUGUUAACGCUUCCAUUGUUUGCCCUGGUAAAAUAAAAUUGAAAUUGAAAUCUGGAAAAGAAAAUGCUGUUACAGUUGACUUAUCACGCUGA